AUGACCCCCCCGGGCGAUGACAGUGACGUCAGCGAUCAGCGCCACCCCAUGAAGACACGCUGCGCUGGUGGCCAGGGAGGAGACAGCCCCGGCAUGGACCCGAAAAAAUGGAUCACCUUCAAAGACCUCCAUGACCAGGUCACGCAGCUGCUCUCCACUAAGCUUAACCCCUGUAACAUCAAGCAGUGCAAGUCCAAACUGGACAUCCUCAAUAAGUGCUCCUAUUACCUGGAGGUCAUGCGCCAGGACACACUCCACCAACCAGACCCGCAGCAGCAGCAGAACUACCUGUCCAACUCCACCAUCCUCCACCUCAUCGAUCCCUGGAAGUUCCAGCGGAUGAAGAAGCUGGGCCACAGCCAGGUGCAGAUCCAGCUGAGCCUGCUGGAGGAGCUCUACGAGCAGUUCUGUAAGGGCAAAGUGGAAAUGGAGGCCAUAGCCAGCCAGAGCGACUAUGGCGAUCAAGAGGUCGCCCACAUAAAUGGGAGGAUAGCGCAUCUCAUGAAGGCGUUCACGGACUUUGACUCGACACUGAUGCCCGGGGAGCUGCACACAAAGCACCGGCUCAUCUCCGAGACGGGCAACGCCAAGGUGCCCCAGAUUCAUUUGAGGCUGUCCGUCAAAAUGCCCGUGAUGUUCGACACGUCACGCUCGGAGGCUCUGGCCGACUGCGCCCGGCUGCACUGGGAAAUGGCCGGGCAGGAGCAGCAGGAGCCUGGGGAACAGUUUGAGAUCCGCUACAAGCUCCUCCAGCCGACCAACACGGAGGAAGGGAACCAGCUAGGAACGGUGACCUGCAACUCCUACUGCAUACAGGUCAACAACCUGUUGCCGCAAAGGUGCUACGAGUUCACAGUGAAGCGGGCUGACGCCUGCUGCCUGGUCUACGGGUUCUGGAAUGACACCAUGGUGCUCAGAACCAUGCCACUAUCCCCAGGGGGCUUCACCGGGAGCCAGGAGAAGAGGAGGAGGCUGUUCCCCUGGUAA